AUGAAUCCCGAUGGAUCAUCUCCUUUCAAAGGUGGACCAUCACGUAAAAGGCGUCAAGCCUAUAGCGUGGCUGCCAUCACCCUUGAGGCGGCUGCGAACGUAGCCGAAUCCUCAGAUAUACUCGCCCCUCUCAAAGCUGCCUGUAGAACGACGAAAUUGAUCCUCGAUAAUAUGCAGGCUGUCGACAAUAACCAAGAAGGGUGGGCUGACCUGACGCAACGCAUGGAAGGGUACAUGUUAGCUAUCGAAAACCAGAUCGAAUCGUUCGCGAAAUAUCCUCCCGAGGAUAGGGAAGUCAACGAGGCCUUCAGCCGACCACUCACUGACUACGUGGACUUUCUCGAGGAGUCUCAUAGAAAUAUCACAAAUCAGAGGCAUAAGCGAAAGCGCAGCGGUCUUAACGAGUUGACCGAAGUCAGCAAAGUGAUGCUCGAUGCGGAUACCAUCCGUAAAUUCAAUCGGGAUAUCGAAGACCAGCAUAGGAAAUUCAUCGAUGCACUGAGCUUGUUCACCGCAUACCGUAUUCAAGCUGUCGAAAGGGAUAAUAAGGCCAUCCUCGCAAAUGUUGACAACUCUGCGAUACUCCAGCUCCCGAUGGUAGCAUUUGUUGCCUCCUCAGUUCAUACUACGUGUCUCCAAGGAACGCGCCAGGCCGUUCUGAAGACUAUCUCGCACUGGGCCGGGGAUGAUACGUCGCACACACCAAUAUUCUGGCUAUGCGACAUAGCAGGCUCCGGAAAAUCCACUGUCGCAAUGUCCGCAGCGGCAAUAUGGAAAGCAGAGGGAACGCUAGGGGGCCAGUUCUUCUUCUCAAUGGCCGACAGUGAAGCGUCGACCACUGAAAAGUUUUGCCCGACCAUGGCCAGAGAACUCGCCGAUCACAUGCCUGAACUCGCGCCGCAUAUCACUGAAGCCGUGACGCAGCAUCCGGCUAUCAUGAGAACUUCACUUUGUCAACAGUUUCGCACGUUCAUCACCGGUCCAAUACGCAAUCGAAAAAAGCGGGUGAUACUCGUCAUCGACGCCGUUGACGAAUGCAAGGCGGGACGAGAGCGAAAGGAACUGCUCGAAGCACUCGCUACAGCCACUCGAGAGAGUACGAACCUCAAGAUUUUCAUAACAAGUCGACCCGACCCCGCAAUUGAAACGGUUUUGCAGCCACUUUCGAUCAAACGAAAGUUGGAAAAGAUGGAAGAUCGCCUCCACGAUGUCGACCACUUUGACAACACUGAUGACAUUGCGGUUUAUGUGGAUCAGUUGCUGCACGGAGUCCUAUCGGAGGACAAUAGGCAACGACUGGUCAAAAAAGCCGACGGUCUAUUUAUCUGGGCAAGCACUGCAUGCCGAAUGCUCACUAGCGAAACCAGAUGGAGUUCUCCAGAGGACAUAUAUAAUCGCCUAAUCUCCGUGGAACAGCCUGGAGUCAUCGAUGACGUAUACGAUCUCCUCUUGGAGCGUACAGACCCCGAGGGCCGUUUAACGACACGUGAAAUACUCGCGUUGCUGCUCGCUGCAUUUGAACCGCUCACUGUCGGUGAUUUAGAUGAUCUCCUGAAGCAUACCAAAAUUGGUGGAAGUGCCGAGGCCCUCAUACGGAACCUUGGAAGCGUAGUCACCCGAGAUGAGACGAACCUGAUCCAUUUUCGUCAUCCCACGUUCGUCGAAUACCUUAAACGCCGUUCCACAUCACCAGUCGUUGAUAGUCACAGCAACUUUCAUAUCAAUGUCGGCAAUGCACACGGUCAAAUCGCAUCGUGGUGCUUCCAACGCCUCAAGUCGCGGAAGGAUGGACUCAAGUUCAACAUUUGUCGGAUAGAGUCUUCCUUCUACUUAAACAGUCAGAUCCCGGAUCUGGAUGCCAGGAUAUCAAAAUUCAUUCCAACAGCACUUCGAUAUGUGAGCUACCAUUGGUUGUUCCAUGUGGCGGAAACGGACGACAACUGGCGACGGAUACUCGAAAAUGACAUUAGACACGUUAUACAAAUCCCAUACGUGCUUAACUGGAUAGAGAUUCUGAGUAUCACGGGAGGAAUACCGCGAUUGAUCCGUGGUCUUCGAUCUGUUUCACGCCAUACAGGAGUAAUUGAAUCAAAAUAUAAAAGCGGAAUUACCGAGAUUCGACACUUUACGAUGGCAUUCUCAGCGCCAAUUCAGGAAAGCGCUGCACACAUUUAUAUUUCAGCGCUUCCAUUCACCCCUAAGAAGUCCCUCUUGCGUAAGAGAGGGUCAAAAUGGUAUAAUAACGUCAUAAAUGUUACUUUUGGACUCGAGGAAACGUAUUCCAGGCCCAGUAGUCUUCAAGGUCACAAAGAUAUAGUGGAGGCGGUCUGCUUCUCACCAGAUGGUUCAUUAAUUGCUUCUGCGUCGCGAGACCGGACAAUUCAACUGUGGGAUACAGACACAUGUCAGCCACUGGGAGAGCCACUCCGGGGGCAUCUACAAGAAGUCAACACCAUCGCAUUCUCUCCCGAUAGCACCAAAAUUCUCUCUGGCUCAGAUGACAAGACAAUUCGGUUAUGGGAUGUAGAAACAUUCCAGCUACUGGGAGAACCACUCUGUGGUCACGAAAAUUGGGUGAAAUCUGUCGGAUUCUCACCAGAUGGCUCGCGAAUUGUCUCUGGCUCAACAGAUAGGACAAUUAGACUGUGGGAUGCAGGUAUUCGUCAGCCGUUAGGCAAUCCAAUCCGAGGCCAUGAAUCCGCAGUCAUAGCUGUCGCGUUCUCGCCAGACGGGUCAAAAUUCGUCUCUGGAUCCCACGACAAGACCGUUCGACUGUGGGACGCUUUCAGUGGGCAAAUGUUGGGAGAGCCACUCCAAGGUCAUGAAUCCUCCGUCCGUGCCGUCUCAUUUUCACCAGAUGGCUCGCAAAUUGUCUCCGGCUCGUGGGACAACACCAUUCGGUUGUGGAGUACACGCACUGGUCAGCAGUUGGGAGAGCCACUCCGAGAUCAUAAGCAACCAAUUGAGGCUGUCGCAUUCUCGCCAGACGGCUCACGAAUUGUCUCUGGCUCGUGGGACAAGACGGUCCGGCUAUGGGAUGCAAAUACUGGUCAGUCACUCGGAGAGCCAUUGCGAGGCCACGAAGCUUUGUUGACGGCCGUCGCAUUCUCGCCAGACGGCUCACAAAUUGUCUCUGGCUCGUGGGACAAGACGGUCCGGCUGUGGGAUUUACCCACUGAUCAUUCGUUGGAAAGGCCACUCAGAGGCCACGAGCAUUCGGUGACGGCCGUCGGAUUCUCGCCAGACGGCUCACGAAUUGUCUCUGGCUCGUUGGACAAGACGGUCCGGCUAUGGGAUGCAAAUACUGGUCAGUCACUCGGAGAGCCAUUGCGAGGCCACGAAUCUUCGUUGACGGCCGUCGCAUUCUCGCCAGACGGCUCACGAAUUGUCUCUGGCGCGGGUGACAAGACGAUUCGGCUAUGGGAUGCAAAUACUGGUCAGUCACUCGGAGAGCCAUUGCGAGGCCACGAAGAUUCGGUGAGGGCCGUCGCAUUCUCGCCAGACGGCUCACGAAUUGUCUCUGGCGCGGGUGACAAGACGAUUCGGCUAUGGGAUGCAAAUACUGGUCAGUCACUCGGAGAGCCAUUGCGAGGCCACGAAGAUUGGGUGGCGGCCGUCGCAUUCUCUUCAGACGGCUCACGAAUCGUCUCUGGUUCGCGUGACAAAACGAUUCGGCUAUGGGAUGCAACUACUGGUCAGUCACUCGGAGAGCCAUUGCGAGGCCACGAAGAUUGGGUGAGGGCCGUCGCAUUCUCGCCAGACGGCUCACGAAUUGUCUCUGGCGCGGGUGACAAAACGAUUCGGCUAUGGGAUGCAAAUACUGGUCAGUCACUCGGAGAGCCAUUGCGAGGCCACGAAGAUUGGGUGGCGGCCGUCGCAUUCUCGCCAGACGGCUCACGAAUUGUCUCUGGCGCGGAUGACCAGACGAUUCGGCUAUGGGAUGCAAAUACUGGUCAGUCACUCGGAGAGCCAUUGCGAGGCCACGAAGAUUGGACGAUUCGGCUAUGGGAUGCAGCCAUUGAAACUGUUGUGAAUGAAUGCGACGAGGACGAUGCUGCAGACUCUGGCUUGACGCAAGAUUUAGGCGAACCCCUGAAAAUCCGAAUACCUGGAUUCAGACGGUGCUCACUUUUACCCGAUGGCUGGGUACAAUCUUCCGGCAAACUUCUCUUCUGGGUGCCACCAGAAAAUCGACGUGGACUACGACACCCACGUCUACUUCUCAAUAUUCCGACCGAGGGCAGCUUCCGCGCGACCCACCUUGAUUUCACUCGCUUCCGAUGUGGCUCUUCCUGGACAGAAGUUCGAACAGACGCUACUCAAUGA